AAAGACAUUUUUUUUUUUUUUUUUUUACAAUUUUCUAAUUUUUUUUUGCAGUUGCAUUUUGAACUGGAGUUUUGUCUUAAACCCAGUAUGUCUUCAUCUGACAGAGUUGUUUUGGCACUUGGGGGAGCUGGCACUGUUGGAACAGGAAUUGUCAAAGCACUGCUGGACAAAGGUUUCCGUGUGGCUGUGAUCUCCAGGGAUGGGAACAGGCUUGAGAAGUUGCAGAACUUCAUCACCCCUUCCACCAAAGACCAUCUCUAUACACUGGUAGGAGAUGUGGGGACUGAGGAAGGAGCUGAAGCAGCUAAAACCAGCCUGCUGAAGAGUGUGGGCAAGGUGACCGACGUGGUGUCAUCACUGGGCUUCAGCUGGUGGCAGGGGGGCCCUCCCCACACGCAGACACUUAAGGAGCUCCAUCAGGUACUGGAAACUCUUCUCUUGAGCACAUUUACUUCCUGGAAAGCUUUUUUCCCAUUGGUGAAAGACAAUGCCAGUGGAACAUACACAUUCAUUACUGGUGGUGCUGGAGAGCGGUUGCUGAUGCCAGGGACUGGAUUUCUCACUCUGGGGGCAGCAGGGGCUCUGGCGUUCUGCCAGGUAGUCAGGGAGGAGUACCCUGAUGUGCCAUGCAAACUGAAUGAGGUGAAGGUAAACAUGGGAGUCGCCACCGCGGAGAGGAUGGGACCUGGUUACAUCAACCACCUGGACCUGGGCGAGGCGGUGGCGUCUCUGGUGGAGAAGAGGAAUACCUCGCACAAAGUGUUCAGCAUCAACUCCCCCGCUGACCUCAAGACCGUCUUCCUAGAGGAGAAAGUCUAAGUGUCCUGAAUAUGAAGACCCUUUAGCAAUGUCACUUCUGCAUACACAAUAUACAUUACAUUGUAGAGCUAAUGCAGAUCUUAUAGGAACCGCAGUGACAACCAGUAGUUGUUCUGUAACCAUAGAUACAUUGUGACCUUUAGAAUAUAAACUCCCCCAUGCAGUUUCCCUAAGAAAAGGCAUUUUUUGCUGCAUGUCUGGUGCUUCCAUUGAAAAUACAGCAAAUACAAAACCCUUUUUAUUUCACUAUCUAACAUUAAAAAAAAUGAAAUACUGAAAACAGGGAAUUCAUGAAUAGUACAUGUAUUUACAUUCAUUACCGUGAAUAAACUAAAUCUGUGAAUUAUUGCAUUAUGAAAAAAACAAGGGAGUAGUGCAGUUCACUUUAUCUGGGACCCUCAUCGUGAUGUUUAUUAAGCUUACUUCUCUACAUUUAAAUUAACAUUUGUUGAUAAAACAUUGUUUGUUUGGUUUCUUUUUUAAAUACCAUAAUGGAUAAAUAAAAUUACUGAUUAUAGUUCCAGAAUCAAACUGGGCCAAACCCCAAAUAUUUGUGAGUGUUUGCAUGUGUGCAUCUUUGAGAAACAUAGACAUAGUAGACAGGGCAUACUUCCUUCAAACCACAGCUGAAGAUUUUUUAUGGAGCACUGGAUUAUGUACAAAUUGACACAAGAGGCUUACCAAAAAUGCAAAAGUAGGUUACAAUGCUUUCCUGUAUUAUUAUACUUGAUAGCUGGUCAUUUGCUUUCACCUUUUCCUCAAAAAAAGAAAGAAUGCCAAUAGUUUACUGAAUGUAUUCCACUGUUAUUUUAUGUCUUGUUGUUGUAAAAUGUGACAGCUGUCAGAACUAAUGUGGCAGCUCUAACCAUGCAUUAAACAAAACACAUAGAAGUUGUAUUUCAGUGGCCCAGUGAUUUUGGACAGAAAUAGUCCAGCUUUGUUUCAGUGGUGUGGCCUCUUCUCCCCUGUGUGAGCAGUUGACUUGCCUUUCUGUUUGGUUUGCCUGUCAUGAUAUUUAUUUGCAGGAACCACUUAUUCCAUUCAUGAUAAUGAAAGAUAGCUAAGCCUAUUUUGUAACAAUCACAGUGCUUUAACAGAGUCUGGAUUAUUCAGGAUAAUUCACUUCCGUUUCACGGGGCCACGGAUAUGAGCAGUGCAGGCGUCAAUCUCUUUGACUGCUGCAAAAAAACAUGAGCAGCACAACCUUAUCACCACAUCACUUCCAUGAGUAAGUAGCAUCAUUUUUACAUACAUUAUAAUGUAUGGAAGAGUUUAUCAGGUGUUGUGAACUGUAACAGAUAACACAAUGGAACAUAACAAAAAAAUAAUAGAAACUACUCUGGUGAAUGGAGUGGGAUAACACUAGUGAGCCAAACAUCCUUUCUCUCUUUCCCAGAAUGUCCUUUAUGUAUGCCUAUCGGACACCAACAGCAGUAAUUUGACACUCUAAAGCAGGGAUGUCAAACUCAGUUCCUGGUGGGCCACAGUGUCUUCUGGCUUUCAUUCCACCCAAGCUCUCAAUUACUUAAUUGGUCUAAUUAUUUGAUUAAUUGGACAUGUUUAACACUUCUCUUCAGGCCUCAAAAUGUUUCAUAGGUAGUGUACAUUGAAUCAAGUGCAUUUUUAAAACCAUCAACUGUAAAAUACCUUGAAAAAUAUUAAAUAUGUCAAAUUGAACAAAUAAUUAGAUCAAUUAUGUUAAUUGAGAGCUUAAGUUGGAACGAAAACCAGAAGACCCUGCGGCCCUCGAGGAUGGAGUUUGACACCCAUGCUCUAAAGGAUGAGGGUAUUUGUAAAUUCGCUGAUCUAUCGCCCCAUCUAUCGAUUCCGAGUCAUAGAUUAAAUGUUUUUAAGACACACUCUAAAGAAAAUUGUUUAAAAUUAUAAAACAAUGCUGGACGUGAAGUUCUAGUUUCCUUCUAGCAUCACAGGCCUAUUUACUUAUAUUAGACUGUGCCUUAAAUUUGCUCUCUGUAAAGAAACAUCCCUGUACUCCACUGAAAGAAAUCCUGUCCCACUAUGCCGCAGCUGGAUAUCAAAAUGACUUAUGGCAGACAGACUAGCCUUUGAUUUUCUUUUUUUUAUAUUACGGAUUAUAGAUUUCAUUUAGUCACAUAUAGUUCUACAUUUAACUGAUGCUUGUAUUGGCAUAUGAUGAACAAUUGGCAUAGUACCAAAGAUUAACAUUUUUAAAAAACCCACCUUUUUCCCUACCAGGAGAGCAUGCAUACAAAACAAUGCUUUAUUUAGAUUUAUUUUGCUCCAAUAAAACUCUAAAAGAAUAUGUAAAAUUAUGCCAAAUGACUAAUGGUUCACAAAAAUGUCUACCAACACAAUUACUAAAUGAAAGUGCUGGGAAAUAAGAG